AUGAAUGAGUGGGUGGGCUCCGAUAUCAAUGUGGUGGGACCGCUACAAAUCCCACCCACCGAUGAAUUCUCCAUCUCAGAAAGCUCCCAUUUGUUUGAUAUUCUGGCAGAUCAGAGCAGUCCUCUGCUACAAGACCCUGACAUGUUACCAUUCACCAGCUACCCGGGCAUACAGUACUCUAGCAUGGAGCCAACUGUGCCCACACCGUAUUACUGCAGUCAGAACUACUAUCCCCAGUACAGUGGAGAAGAAUGGUACUCCCACACUGGGCUGUAUGAACUCAGGAAGACAACACUCGAGGUCAGCUAUGACAGUGAAAGGGAGGAAGUCUCUGCAGUCAUGCCUGCUGUGUGCAAGAGGGCCCGGCACAUGUCACAGACUGGACGCAUCAAAGGGGAGGAGCUAUGUGUUGUGUGUGGAGACAAGGCGUCUGGCUACCACUAUAAUGCUCUCACUUGUGAGGGCUGUAAAGGUUUCUUCAGACGGAGCAUAACAAAGAAUGCUGUGUACAAGUGCAAAAGCGGAGGAAACUGUGAGAUGGACAUGUAUAUGCGCAGGAAAUGCCAGGAUUGUCGACUCAGGAAGUGCAAGGAGAUGGGCAUGUUGGCAGAGUGCCUGCUUACAGAGAUCCAGUGCAAAUCUAAACGGCUGCGGAAAAACACCAAGGCCUCCCCGGGACAGUCAACUGGAGAUGAGACAGAGGUGGCAGACAGCAAACAAGUCACAUCAACCACAAAACUGUCAAAGGAAAAAAUUACUGAAGAGCAGCAGGCACUCAUGAAGGCUAUUGUAAAUGCGUACAACAAACAUCAAAUUCCUCAAGAAGUGACCAUAAAACUGCUACAAGAGGAGUACAGUGCUGAGGAAAACUUCCUCCUUUUGACAGAAAUGGCAACAAAUCAAGUCCAAGUUCUGGUGGAGUUUACAAAAAAUAUCCCAGGCUUUGUGACCCUGGAUCAUGAGGAUCAGAUUGCGCUGCUUAAAGGCUCAGCAGUAGAAGCCAUGUUUCUGCGCUCGGCUCAGGUUUUUAGCCGAAAGAUGCCCGUUGGACACACCGAAGUCUUGGAGGAGAGGAUACGUAAGAGUGGCAUUUCAAAAGAGUUCAUCACACCAAUGUUUAACUUUUACAAAAGCAUUGGUGAACUCCACAUGUUGCAGGAGGAGCAGGCCCUCCUCACCGCCAUAACCAUCCUGACACCAGAUCGCCCUUACGUAAAGGAUCAACAUGCUGUAGAGAACCUGCAGGAACCCAUGCUGGACGUGCUAAGGAAGCUGUGCAUUUUGCAGCAUCCGCAGGAGCCUCAGUACUUUGCACGUUUGCUGGGCCGGCUGACCGAGCUGAGAACACUCAACCACUAUCAUGCGGAAAUGCUUACGUCGUGGAGGAUGAACGAUCACAAAUUCACACCGCUACUCUGUGAGAUCUGGGAUGUGCAGUGA